AGAGAACCUCAGCUCUUGACACCAGCCUCAAGUUUUCUGGGCACACUUUACAGUUUCCUACUGCCAUCAUGACAUCAGCUCUGCCCUGGAGUUUCCAUACCUUUAAUGUUCCUUCUUUCUUUCUGGGUACUCCUAGAAACCCCUAUAAAGAAAGAGUCCAAGUGUGAGACACAGACACAGAUCUCCAGGAUCUCUUAGCUUGUGCUCUACUCCUCCAACACCUCUCUCCUCUCAGGAUCAUGAAGAUCUCUGUGGUUGCCCUCUCCAUCUUCAUGGUCAUGGCCUUCAGCUCUCUGGCAUUAUCUGUACCAAUGGGCUCUGACCCUCCCACCUCCUGCUGCUUCUCCUAUGUCAGCCAACAGAUCCACAGAAAAUUUGUGACAGACUAUUAUGAGACCAGCAGCCUGUGUUCCCAGCCAGCUGUGGUGUUCCAGACCAAGAGAGGCCGUCAGUUGUGUGCCAACCCCAGUGAUGCCUGGGUUCAGACCUAUAUGGAGGAACUGGAGCUGAACUGAGGGGCUCAGGACCUUGCCAAUUUAUCCUCAUGGAACAUAGACCAAGCUAAGGAAUUCUGCAGUCAGAAUGAAUCUCUGUGACUCCAGUUUUCCUGAGAUCUACUCCCCAUUACAACUCCUUUUUAUCUGUGAUAUUUAGUUCAUGUAAAUUAUUUUGUAGUGGCACUGGGUAUUUGAUUGUACUAUUUGCACUUUUGGAAGACAUUUGUCACUAGUGGGGACCUUGAUUACCAGUCUAGUCUCUUGUCUUUAGAAUCCUUUGGGUCAUCUACUAGAUUCUAUAAAUGUCUAAAGGACAAAGAUUCCAGAAUAAAAAAUUUUAAAACCAUA